CACCUUCUCACGCUCUUGCUCUUAGCCAUCGCUGUCGUCGUCACCGUCGUCGCUGUCGACGUUCUGCGUCGUGUCGCGCCGCGCUGCCCGCCGUGUUGAUAAUUUGUAAAGCGGCGAACGAAAAGGAUGUGUGUAUAUCUACGUCUCGCCUUUCAGUUGACUUUCAUCGUCGUUUUGUAGCGAACGUUUCGCACGGAUAUCGAUAGGAAAUUGCACUAUCACUACGUAAUAAAGUUACUGCAUGUUAUAGUCAGUCAAUAUUAAAAUUAAACGAGACGUAAUACAAACUAGCAGUUUUCGGUUAAUUAGUUUUGUAGUUGAAUAAAGAGUGUGAAUUUAGAAACCUUCAUAGUAUUAAAAAAUUGCGUCGCGGCGGUCGUGGCGCAAUGCAGUGUAUGUUUGGAUGCGGAUACGUAUUGUGCUAUUUAAAAUUAAUCCUGGGAUAUAUUCCUUUAAUAAAUAGUGGCAGUGAACGUUUGAGUGUGUCUUAGCCAUGCUGCCCAUGGUACAAACAGAACCUGUGCUUUUCAAUUGCGGGGUUCAUUCGGUCAAUGUGGCCGCUUCUCCUCCGGCCACAUUGCCACCCUCGCUUACACCGGAUUCGGAAGUGGACGAUCUAGUCGACAUCUUCUUCGACGUUGAUGUUGCUGUUAACACCGUGUCGAGAAUUGAAUCCUGUGACCUCCAACUGGGAGACACAUGGAGGGGGAUGCAAGGCAAGAUGAGCGUGCCAGCGCCGGUUAAGAAGAUAAGAAAAAAGUCAGACAAUAAGCCACAAUCUCAAAUAAAUAAGUGUCACAACGAGAAGAAGCGACGGGAGCUCGAAAACGCUACCAUAAAUCAACUCGAAGAACUUUUGAGUACCUGUCUUGCUGAAGUAAAGCAACCAGACAAAAACGGCAUCGUAAGUGAGGCCACUCGGCAGAUCGAGGAGGUGCUGCGGCGCAGGAAGGAGUGCCCCGAGGAGUGUCCCCUGCGCGCCGCCCAGAGCCGCUCGCCUGUGCAAGCUGGCGAGGUUAGCUCCACCCAGCCAUCCUGUGCUGGAUUACAUUACUCGGAGACUAACUCGCUAAUCGAGGCUCUCAAGCAUUACACUGGCACCCUCGGAUGGGUUUUAUUGGAAAUAAACUCAAAGGCUGAAAUAGUAUGUAUAACCGAAAAUAUUAAGGAGCUCACUCUGCAGGACAGAACUGAGUUAUACAAGAAAUCAAUAUUUUCGCUGUUGCAUAGCAAAGAUCAUGCUAAAUUGAAGCCACUGCUAAGAAGCACACAAAACUUUAACUGGGGUUCGUCAGAAAUUAAAACCGGACAGGAGAAAUUUCAAGCUAUACAGGCUCGUCUUCUUGUCAAGAACUCCAAUGGGACUGACAGUACUGGGUACGUGGACUGCGUGAUCCAGGCUGCGGCAGUGCGCAGCUCGUCCUCGGAGGAGGCCGGCGCCGUCAUGUGCGUCAUCCGGCGCUGCGAGGACGCGUCGGCCGCACUUCUCCCUGGCGACGGCGGCCCGCCCGCCAGCACCGCCAAGCCUUCUGAUCACAUUGUCUUCAGAUUGGACUGCAACUUCAUCAUUUUACUUUGUGAUUUAAGAGGAGUGGAAAACUUAAUAAACACUGCUGUACCCCUAGUGGGUACACGUUAUUUGGAACUUGUUGAGAGUAGUGAUCGUAUUCGUGUAGCCGCGCACUUGCAAGAAGCUACGUGUCUUCCCGCGCCUCCAGCGAUCAGUGAACCUUUUCGUAUACGUAUUGCCCCAGACAGACCUUGCUUCAGGGUUAUAGCACAGUCGCGUCUUUUUAGAGCAAAACCGUCGUCGGGUGAAUCGGAUUUUAUAAUGUCCACGCAUACAGUGCUUAACGACGACGACAUGGAUCUCCUGGAAAGUGACGGUCCCCGACCUCCCGUCGGUGGUCCACUCAUGACGUCCGUCGCUAACGGGGAGUCCUCUUCGUGUGAACCCCGAUAUCAGUCUUCGAUAAGUCCUAACGACGGUACGUUCUUGAGCGAGUUCGACCUCGAACCCUGGGCGUCUUCCUUGCUCGAUAUGCCCAGCGAAGAAACUAAAGAACGUAAGGAAAGUGUCGAAGGACCCUCGCAGCCUCCAACGCCGCGAGCGCCGUCCACUCCGGGCGAAGGGCCGCCCUCGAAUCCGCCGGCCGAGGAACCGAACAGACUUCGGACGCUCCUCAGCAAGAAGCCGAUGCCGGCGAACGACAACAACGUCAACUCGAACAAUCGCAUCCUCAAAGACCUGCUGAAGCAAGAAGACGAGGACGCGACGGGCAGCGAGACGUCGGCGCCGCACACGCCACACACGCCGCAUACGCCCCACACGCCGCACACGCCGCACACGCCCAGCGCGGCACUGUCGCCGCUGCACACGGCGGCCGCGCACCCGCGCCCGCAGCCGCAUGCGCACCCUGCGCACGCGCCGCACGCCGCGCACCCCGCGCACCCGCCGCAUCCUGCGCAUCCCGCGCACUCCGCGCAUUCUGCGCACCCCGCGCCGCACUCUAUGCAGCAGCCGCACCAUAAUAACUCCGAUGUCUUACUCAGGAUAUUAAACGAUAAAUCUGAUGAGGACGCGGAGGAAAACAGAAGAAAUUCUGCAGACGGGAAUAGGGGUGUUUCUCAACCUAGUGCACUGUUGUCCCAAUUACUUUCAAGUAGUAAUGGACCGUCUGGGAAUGGACGACAACAGGAAAGCAGCGACAAUUAUCUUGAAAGAAUUGCCGGAGUGAAACGCAAGUUCGAAGAAGCUAAAGGAGUAGCAAAUAACUCAAAAAGAGCUACGCCUGAAAACCAACAGGUCACAUCGAGUGCUCUUCCCGCGUCAUCGACGACGUCUUCGACGGCGACGAGUCCGGCGAGCAGUAGUAGCCCGGGCAUGAGCUCGCUGUGCCGCAAGAACCAGAUCCUGGUGUCUCUGCUCGCGCGGCAGCAGACCACGCCCACGACGCCCCUCCCCCUGCCCAACCCCAACCUGCGCGCCUACGGGCCCACCGCCCGCCCGCGCGCUCCACCGCCGCCUCAGAUGCCGCCGCAGCGACAUCACCACUCCACGCUCUCCAACAUACUCACCGGCACUAACCACCGUGCUAAUAAUAUGAACGGAGGUGGCGGCGUGUCGUCAGUGGGCACGGAGGGCCCGGCUGUAAGCAUGGGCAACUCCAGCCACCUGCAGAUGGUGCUGCAGAGCGGCGGGCUGGCGGGCGGCUCGCGCUACCCCGCGCCCGCGCCCCAUCCGCUGCACUACUCCGCGCCCGCACCCGCGCCUGCGCCCGGGCCCGCGCCGCUCUACAACAACCAGCCCACGAGUGGUAACGCGCGGCCGCAAGGCGGGAGCGGCAGUGGCGACAGUGAGGUGCCCAGUGACCAGACACUGUCGGACAUACUGGACGAAGUCAUCGACAACAUGCCGGACGCGGACCGGCCGCCGCCUGACGUUAGUGUGCGACAACGACAGGGCAUGAAAGAGAAAAACGCAAUGAUAAAUGCGAUCAGGCAGAGCCUGAUGCAGUACGAGGCCGUGGAGUCUUCUCCACGUCCGGGCGGGUCGAGCCCGGGCGGCGGCAGCGCGGCGGGCCCGGUGAGCGCGGGCAGCGCGUACUCGGUGGCGAGCCCCGUGAGCCCCGGCUCGCCCGAGCUGCGCGAGCGCUGGCGCGGCGGGCCGGCGCCGGGCCCCGCGGCCGGCGCGCCCUACAGCGACACGGCGCGCGCGCGGGCCCUCGUCGAGCAGCAGCGCGCGCGACUGCUGCAGCUGCAGCGCAGCCAGCAGAUGCUCGUGUCGCCUGAGGCCGCUGAGCAGCCCCAGGCCGAUUUAGGCUCGACUAUCAACGCUUUAGUUUCGGCCACACCUCCUAAUGUAGCUUUAACACGGACGGACUAUCACCAUCAGAUAUAUCAUCAAAAUAAUCAAAUGGGUCCAAAUUAUGGUACAAAUAAAAUAACCACAUCUCAACAGAAUCCUAUGUUGAGUCGACAACUUAGUGUGUCGGGGGCUGGGUACUCACACGGCGCGUCCCUGCACACGCCGGGGGCGCAGCCCUACCACCGCGCGCCGCGCCCGCAUCUAGUGGGAGGCUACUACGAGGAGGGCGGCGCGGGCGCGGCCGGCUACUGCGCCGAGUACGCGCGCUGCGCCGCGCUGGGCGCGCACGCUCCGCUCGCGCCGCUGCACCACGCGCCGCACCCCCACGCCUCUCCGCUCGACCACCAGCACGCAUGUGCAGGUAACGGCGGUGGAGUGAGCGGAUCGGGUGGCGUGGCGGGCGUGGGCGGCGUAGCGGGUGUGGGCGGCGUGGCGGGCGUGGCUGGCGGCGGGUCGGGUGGCACGUCGGAGUACGUGCGCAACGAGCUGCGCAACAUGGUGUCGCGCGCGCGCCCCGACCUGCACCCGCUGCAGGCGCCCGACAUGGACCCGCUCAUGAGCUUCGACAUGACUCCUCCGGGUGGCGGCAGUGUGGUGGGGGGCCGAGCGACCUCGGCGUCUACUAAUUCGUGGGAAUCGCAACAGAGCACCCCGAGUACUACGGAGGCGGGCUCGGCGGAGGCGGGGUCGGCGGCGGACGGUGAUGAGGCGCGCGCGGGUCCGGCGGGCGGCGCGGCGGCGGCGGCUAAGGCGUCGCUGCUGCAGAAGCUGCUGUCGCAGUGAUGCGGCCGGGACGCUGGCGCACAAGGCGCUGUGCGCGCUCCGGGUCUCGCUGAAGUUUGCAUUUAUUCAUUUCUCGCUUCAUCGGAUGGACGUUAAUCGACGAUCCCUAGAUUCCAGCGUAACGAACGUCGUCGUUCCGAGUUACGGUCUACGUGGUACCUCUGCGGCUGUAAAUCUCACAUUCGUGAGACUAAUAUAGUACAUACGCGUAUUUAUAGACAUCUUUAAUGUAGUCUAGUAGUGCUAGUGAUGUUUUCGAGUUGUAUAAAAUCGUUUCGUUGAUGAUAUUUACUUCUAAGUUCGUUGAGAAACUUUAGGUAUGGUCUUUUAUAAAUAUGUAUCUAUGUAUUAUCUUUCAUAUGCUCUAAUUUUAAACGAAAAACGAAUCGAUGCGAAAUUCGUAGCUUCCUGUGAUGGAAAAAAUAGUGAUUAAAAAUAUGUAAUUAACUCGUACGCCCAGUACACACACACAAUGUACAAUAGAAAUAUACCGCGUGCAAUAUUGUAUAGAAAUAUAAAAUACAUAUUUUGGCGUUGUGAACGUUAUGUAUUAUAGUAUGGAAGUCAGAUGUUACCUGUUAUGACAAAGUAAUUUGUAUUAUAGUAUAUGAUGACGAGACGUCGAGCGAAAUGGUUUCUCUUAUGGAGAAUAUUAUUUUUACGUGUAAAUAAUAUGUUGUUAAAUUAUAGCUGUUGCUUUAUUGUAAAUAUUUUGUUAAAAUAUUUCUUUGUGUUUCGUGUAUGGUAAAAUAUUCUUUUUAAUUUGAAUCCUUUUAUGAAAUUCAUUAAAUAAUUUCAAAUAUUUUUUAUGUUUUUUCCAAUUCCUAUUUUCUAUAUUUUUAAUAAAUGACUAAUUUCGAUGUUAUAAUCACAGUAAUCGUUAUCUUGGUUCAUGUGAUUGUUAAAAGAUUAUUUAUAUAUAUGAGUAUAUUAGUUAUCAAUGUUGAAACAUUAUACUCGCACUAGUAUCGCAAUUAAUGAAUUUAAUUUUUAUAUUAUUACAUUUUUAAUUUUUAUACAUGAAGUAGCAAAAAUACAUUAUGAAAGUAAUUAUAUACAUUUUAUUAUUGUAAAAAGAUCAAAAAUGACACUUAUUUACAAUAUUAUUUUUACAUUUUUAUAUCUGUGAUUAUAACAUUUAUCGUGUCUUGAUAGUAGAGUAAAACCCCCUUGUUUGGUCGACGAAAUUACCCUAAUACAAAGGCGCGGAUAUGUAAUAAAUAAAUAGAAAAUAAGAAGGAAUGGUAAAGAAUUGGUAAACAUGUUCUAUCGAUUCAAUGUAAGAAUUAUUUCUUUGCACAUUGUGCAAUUGUUAAGGGAUUUGAUGAAUAACAACGUGUUGGAUGACCUAAAUUUUUAUACGUCUCAAAUAUUAUGAACAUUUACAUUGUUACAAGUUAUGCUUUUAAGUAUAACGUGUACGAUGUCUACCAUAUUUCGGCUAAAGAUCUAUAUAACAAUAUUGACAUAAACAUUUUGACAAUUUGAUGUUCCUAUCGUAGACACUAUUUGCAACGGUAUUAAAAAUCAUGUAUUCAAAUUGAAUGCGCUUAUUUUUGAGUCUGCUCAUUAAAUACCUUUAUUUGAUAUAAAACCAAGUAAAUUGAGGUUGUUAUUUAUGUUAUCGUUGCAAAUAGUACUUAAUGUGCGACGAAAAUUACGAAUUAAAUUGACAUAAAAUUUUCAUCUUCGUGUAAUUACUAAUUACAUUUGAAAGAGUAAACUCUACGUAAUCAUUCGCAGCCGAUGAAGAAAACGAAAUUUAUUCCAAGGAGAAUAUUAUCGUUCAUCACACAGACUUAAUUAUAAACGUUGUUUAUAUAUACAUAUAUGAAAUAAAAUUAUUUUCGCUAGAUUAUGUUACAUACUUACGAUAUAAAGUUUAGUGUUUUCGUAAAAAUGAUGUUUAUAAUUAAGUGGGUAAAAUGUGUGACACUGUGUGUGUAUUAUUCUAAGUUCUACGGUAGAAGGUCAAUGUUAAAUAACAUCAAUGUUUGAUGUCAUUAUUAGUAACUAUAAAUUAAAUGUUAGGCACGAAAUUACAGUAUUUACUUCGCCAUUUCAGGCAGUACAAUACUUUAAUGCUGUAUAGCCCAAGUCUCGGCGAUUAAGAUAAAUAAUUACGAAAUAUAUAAAAUUAACUAAGUACUUUGCAAGAAUUUUUUUUCGGAUUUGAUAAUGGAUAAGUAAAGUAAAUACUGCUUGAGGUGGCGUGUAUUUCGAAGUUAACGAUUAAGCGUACUAGAAUUGCACAAUAUUACCUAAUAAUAAUAAUUAAUAUACGUUAACUUUAAAGUGUAAUAAUAAAAUAUGACUUAGACCUUUGGGUGUGGUGUGUGUAUCCUAAUAACGGUCUAAUAUGUGUAACGUAAAUUGUAAAAUUAUCCACUGGUAGAACGUUUAGCAGAGUUGUUAACAGUAUUGUCAAUCCGUUAUUUUUGUAUACGGGACCAUAACAUGAUGAUCAGGUUAUGUACACAGCGAUCCAUGGUACUAGGGUACAUGUUGCCGCUGACUUUCGAAUUCUGAUCAGGAAUUGUAUCCCUAAUUGAGUCAUAACAGUAUGCACUUUCCCUAAACUCCUUAUAAUUUAUUCGCGAUUGACAAGUUAAUCGAUACGAAGUACUUAAGAAGAUUUCAUGGGGGUUCACUCAAUUUAGAUAAUAAGUAAGUUGUCUUAUUAUAUCCCUUAAAAUGUAUUAAUUACUUUCUAACGUCAACCUUUUUCAAAAUACCAACCAUAACGUUUAGAACCUAGGUACUUUAAAGAAGUAAAUUGUGAUGUGCUAUAACUAAAAUGAACGUACAAAAUAUGUAUAGAUAAACCACAAAUCAAGUUAAACAAGUAAUCUGACUAUAUAAUAUAAACAUAUUUUUAUACCAUAUGAAAUAAAUAGAAUGAAAUGUAGGCCACUGACCAAUAUAAUUUGUCAUUGUUAUUGAUAAAAUUGAGAACAUCGGCUCAGUUAAUAUAUGUGGGUAGUGAGAUAAGUAAGCUUUACGCAAUCUGAUGACCAUACAAAUAUAAUUCAUUCCACACAAUGGUUUCAGAGAGGCGAGUCCUGUGUUAUAAGUAAAUUUCAAACCAAUAAAGUACAAGUGAUGGCCUUGUAACAUGAAAAUUUAAGCAAAUAGACAAAGGAAUAGCCGUGUCUUAUACAUUCAUAAUACAUAAAUAUAUGAUAACAAAAUUUAUUUACUCGUAACCAGUCGCUAGAUGAAACAGCAUAUAAUGCCGUCACUUCGUUUACAACAACUUGACGAUGAUAAAUGUACACAAAUGUUAUAUUUUUUGCAGAUUUACGGUAACAGAACUAGUUUAUGUAAUCAAGACUAUAUAAUAACGUUUGAAACACGUCCAUUGCAUGAGUAAACCGUUUACUUUUCUGUUAAAUGUAAAUAAAUACUGUCAUGCCGUAAUAAUGCAUCUGUGCCUGAAAUUAUAGAUAAAGAAUAUUUUUUCAAUGCCACCUUUUUAAAAAAAGUUAAAUAAUACGAUAAUGGUAUAAUAAUAUUGAAAAUGAAAUAGAGUUUAGUAAUAAUAUACAUAAAGUAUCGAAUAAAGUCAUAAGUCUGCAACACUAUAGAUUCCAUUAAAGUACGAUUGUAGCUUCUACCUAGAUCAAAGUCAUUGUAAAUAAUCUACAUCGAAUUUAGAGCAGAUUCACGUGAGAUGCAUCUACCACAAACAUGUAGCGGUAUAAAAUCAUGAGAUGAUGACUUAGCCUAUACAGUAUGCCUUUGAUAUAGAAACCUUCAUACGGGACUCACGUCUACAUAGGUGAUAUAUUAUGUAGUUACAGUGGAAUUAUAAUUGGGGAAUUUUAGUCUUCCAAAACUAAAAGUAGUCUGGUCUGCGUCAUAGCUUAGAAUUGCAAGAAGUCCAUGUUAAGAAACCGAUCCAGUCAUGCAUUCAACUCAAGGUUAACAAACUAUUUAAAGUACUAGAAAGGUGAUAUCUUAGGCGAAUGGAAACAAAGUAAUCAUGAGACGGACUCAAUAUAAUAGCGGUAAUCCUAUGACCCUGCGGUUUGUUAAUAUGGGCUCUCUGUAUUAUUUACUCAUUGAGUUCUACCUCAAAUUCCGUUUGGAUAAACGUUGUAAAAUGCUUGAACAAGCUUUGCAAUUUUAAUCUUCCUUUGUGUUAAAUGUGUGCCAUUACAUUCUUUUUCACUUAAAUCACACAAUAAUGUCCUUUUUAUUUUUUAAUUCAUUAAUGCUCUUGCUAGUAAUUUUUCUAUUUCCCGGCCUAGAUUUAUUGUUUAUGUUUGGUAUCUUACUGUGAAUACUUUACAACAAUUAUUUUGUACCCGAGAUUUAAUUAUGAAUUAUAUUUGAAUCGUAACCUAAAAAUAUAACGUUUUUUUAUUUUCGAAAAUUGGCGUAGUUGCUGAAUAGAUAGAGGAAUUCGAUAAUACGAUUUGUACAACGACUUGUUAAUGAAACGCAAUUUCUAAGUCGCCAUUUGUAAAGCUCAAUAACUUACUGAAUUUCUUUCUCAUAGAAAUUCUAGAAUACGUAAUUACAUUUCCUAGGUAAUGCGACGUCAUUUAAUUGAAUCCUAUAAAAAUGUGCUCUGUCUCUUUGCCGACAUCACUGCGACACGUCUUUGAUCAUCAACGAAAAUUAGUAUUCCUAUAAUAUAAACAAAUAUUUUGAUAACCGGACAUUUAAAAUUUUAAAAUGCUUUAUAUGUAUGGGAAUCGUCUAGAUGUAAUCAAUUGUUAGAAAGAUAAUUUCUUGGUGUAAUGAAUGAAUACCUCAUUGUAAGAAUCAAUUCGAACUUCUAGUUCAUAACAAAAUUGUACAAACUGUUACAAUACUGUUUAAAACAUAGAUUGAAGGAAGAUCAUUUAAAAACGCUAGUGUGUGCUGAUAUACCUGUAAGUCUUUUCUAAUUAAUUUUAGAAUAUAUUUGAUUUAUGAAUUGGACUAUCCAAUUCAAAUAUUGAUUUAUUAAAAUUUUCGGAGUAAAUGAUAAUGUCGAACAUAAAUUGUAAGAGCAUGGUAGAUUUUACAUUCUAUAAUUACAUUUCUGGAGAAAUUGGUAUAUAUUGAAAUGUUACGUAUAAUUUGGAAUUCUAUAUAAGAAGGUUGAAAAACAAUUUCAUUUUAUAUUUAAGAAAAUAUGACCCAUUGUCUCAGAGUAAAUUUAAUUAAUUAAAAUAUAAUUAAUUGGGUCCAAAAUUCCAUCCAAUCUUGCAGAAAAAAUACAAUUGGACUGCAUUAACUAAUGUGAUAUAUCGAUGUGUAAUAGAAAUAUUUUUUUAUCAUUCAUAAAGUUACUCUGCGGCAGGGGCCCCUAUAUCACUAUCACUCUGCAUUAUUAUACACGAGAAACAUAGACGGGUACGGGAGUCUUUGAUUCUGCAGGAAAACAUAAUUAGUUUAGAAUAAUUUGUUUUCAGUCUUAUGUUACACUUGAUAAAUCAAUUUAUUUUAUAGUUAUUGUUGUUUUUCCUGAUAUAUGAUAAUAAACAAAGGGUUUUCUAAAACUUCCUCUGCACAGAGGUAAGAUUGUGUGAUAAAAUAUUUAUUAUAGAAAGGAUGACAGUCGCUAACACAACAAGGCAUUCCCGUACGCAGUUGAUUUUAUUUUUUGUAUAAAAUCAUGCCUUUUGUCUUGGCCUGUCGUCUUCGUACAAGGGUAUUUUUAUAUUGUGAAUAUUACUUAGGUUUAAUAUUCUGUUAUAAAGUUAUGAAUAAACUAAUUAUGUUUUUCAAAAACUUUGCAAAGUGAUUUUAGAUCAGGUCACUCACAGAAUUGAUAUUUGGGAAUGUGUGCUUUAUUAGUUGUAUGGUAGAGCUGUGUGUUUCUAUAAUUGUAGGAAUAAGCUCAACGGUAGGUUUCCUUCAGUCAUUAAUUCCCACUAUAGUGUUGUUGAUCACGAUUUCAAAUAUUACCUGAACCAGAUAGGAAACUUGUAAAAAUACAGAAACCUAGUCCUUGUUUCUACAAUGAUCGUUUUUGUGAGUGGCCGUUAAGUCUGUGUUAUUUAGUUCUUCAGAUGUUAGUUAAGGCCUUUUGUGUUGCUGUGCAUUUCUACGCAUUGUAUGUAUGUAUGUUUAUAUAUUGUAAAUAGCUAAAAUACAUAUAUUUUUACGAUUAGCAUACACAACCAAAGUUGUUAUGAAGUGAUGGUUGAUUAAAUAAGAAAUUUAACUAUAGGUCGUUAUGUUUAUUUUAGAAGAGAUACAAAGAAACCUGUACAGUUGCAAUGUCAGUACAUCCAAUGUCUUGUCGUAGCAUUUUAAACAGCCGCCCUGGUAUUAGGAAUAAUUAAAUUGUUAUUUUUGGCACAAAGAUAUUGACAAAAGUUGAAAUAUUAUAACAAGGAAACAUACAAAUGAAAAGGAGACAUAAAAGGUCGCUCCUUUUGUUCCUAGUAGCUUGCUCCGGGUCAUUUACCAUUUAGUAACUGUCAAUUAAUAAAACAUUCACGUCAUGUACUAAUACCUUCAAAAUGUUUGAACUGUAAUAUUUUAUUCAUUGAUGAAAUCAGGCGUUAUGAGUACAUAACAUUUAAGUUGUAUUUUUUUGUACAUUUUAGAUUCGAAAAUAUAUUAAUAUCUAAAUAAA